AUGGCGUUGAACUUGGAUUUGGCCAACGCCUCCGUGAUACAGGAUGAGCAAGGACGGCCGUUUAUUGUUGUCAGAGACCAGGGCAAGAAGAAACGCCAGUAUGGCAACGAAGCUGUCAAGUCCCAUAUCCUCGCCGCGCGCACCGUUGCGAAUAUCAUCAAAACCUCAUUAGGGCCGCGCGGCCUCGACAAGAUCCUUAUCUCCCCCGACGGCGACAUUACGGUAACAAACGAUGGUGCCACGAUCUUGCAGCAGAUGGAGGUUACGAACCACGUCGCCAAGUUGCUGGUCGAGCUGUCCAAGUCGCAGGAUGACGAGAUUGGUGACGGCACAACGGGCGUGGUUGUAUUGGCCGGUGCUCUUCUCGAACAGGCCGCCGAGCUCAUCGACAAAGGAAUCCACCCUAUCCGCAUUGCCGACGGAUACGACCAGGCCUGUGACAUCGCCGUGGCAGAACUUGACAGAAUUUCGGACGUGAUCGAAUUCAGCAAGGAGAAGACUGAGAACCUGGUCAAGGUUGCAAGGACAAGCUUGGGGAGCAAGAUUGUGUCAAAAGCCCACGACCAGUUUGCCAACAUCGCCGUCGACGCGGUUCUGUCUGUGGCUGACCUGGAACGAAAGGACGUGGACUUUGAGUUGAUCAAGGUGGAUGGUAAGAUGGGUGGCGCGCUUGAAGACACUAUCCUUGUGAAAGGUGUCAUCGUCGACAAGGACUUCUCACACCCCCAGAUGCCCUCUGAGGUCCGGGACGCCAAGAUCGCUAUCCUUACUUGCGCAUUCGAACCGCCCAAGCCAAAGACGAAGCACAAACUUGAGAUCAACAGCGUGGAGGAGUUUAAGAAGCUACAGACCUACGAGCGCGAGAAGUUUAUCGAGAUGAUCCAGCAAAUAAAGGAUGCCGGCGCAAACCUGGCUAUCUGCCAGUGGGGUUUCGAUGACGAGGCCAACCACUUGCUUCUCCAGAACAACCUUCCAGCAGUAAGGUGGGUGGGCGGCCCAGAAAUCGAGCUCAUUGCGAUCGCGACCAACGGCCGUAUUGUUCCCCGAUUCGAGGACCUAAAGCCCGAGAAGCUCGGGAAGGCGGGUAUCGUCCGGGAGAUGACGUUUGGCACCACAAGGGAGAAGAUGCUUGUCAUCGAGGAGUGUGCCAACACACGGGCCGUGACGGUCUUCGUCAGGGGAAGCAACAAGAUGAUCAUCGAUGAAGCCAAACGCUCCAUCCACGAUGCGCUUUGCGUCGUCCGCAACCUCGUCCGCGACAACCGCGUCGUCUACGGUGGUGGUUCCGCCGAGAUUGCCUGCAGCUUGGCCGUUGAGGAUGCCGCCGUCAAGACGCCCGGCUUGGAGCAGUAUGCUAUGCGUGCCUUUGCUGAGGCCCUCGACGCCAUCCCCAUGGCGCUCGCUGAGAACAGCGGCCUUAACCCUAUUGCCACGCUUGCAGAGGUGAAGAGCCAGCAGGUGAAGGACCCCGCCGGCCGUGGCCGUCUGGGUGUCGACUGCAUGAGCCGCGGGUCGAACAAUAUGAAGGAUGCCUUUGUCAUUGACCCGCUUAUUGGGAAGAAGCAGCAGCUCAUGUUGGCUACUCAGCUAUGCCGUAUGGUUCUCAAGGUUAAUAAUGUCAUCGUGUCUGGGUCGGGCGAGGACGAUUUCUAG